GUCCCCUCACUCCUCCUCCAGCGCCAUGGCGCUCGCGCGGACAUGUUUAUUUCUGCAAGCGGGAGCGCACGCGGCCGUCGUCAUCCUCAUUCCCAUCGUCCUGCAGCUCGGUCUGCGCGUGACCGUCGCUCAGCUCAGUAUGGCAAACAAGAGCUUUUUGCCCACCAAAGAGCGCUCUCUGAAGGGCAGGGAGGAGAAAAUGGUCGUGGCAGCAAAGCACGCCACAAAUGGGAACCCCACAGUGGAGCCAUUUCCUGAUGGCAUGGAGAUGAUCAUGUUUGGAAUGGGCUGUUUUUGGGGAGCAGAGAGGCGCUUUUGGAAGAUUUCUGGUGUGUUUUCUACACAAGUGGGCUAUGCUGGGGGCUUCUCACCUAACCCUGCCUACCAUGAAGUGUGUUCAGGUUUAACAGGACACACGGAAGUAGUGCGAGUGGUCUUCUCUCCUAAGGACAUCAGCUUAGAGAAACUUCUCAAAGUCUUCUGGGAAAGCCAUGACCCUACUCAAGGAAUGGCACAAGGGAAUGAUCAUGGCACACAGUAUCGUUCUGCCAUCUACACCUACAGCCCAGAACAGCAAGAGCUGGCCAUGAGAAGCAGGCAAAAGUACCAGGAGAAGCUCUCUUUUCCGUUAUUACUGUCCACUGUCAACGCUGACCGCCCACACUUGUCAGAGAGAUGCGCUUGUGGAUGCUCAUGAACGCAGCUCAUCUGGAUGGCUGGACUGUCAAACUAGCGUGAUGAUGCUUUGUUUUGUGAGAUGCAGAAGCUUGGGUAACCAUGACUGCGGUAACCCUUUGCUCUUCAUGUCAUCGGUCUUGCUUCUAGGGCUCAGAUGUGAUUUGGGAGUGAGGUGAAUGAGGCGUGGGCAGGGAGGUUAGGUGACCCCUAUUGGCCUUGGCCUUGUGCGCAUUAAGGUGAAAGGUCAAGCUUGCGGGAGGCAGCUGUGGUUAAAGGGACGCAAUCAGAUCAGGGGACCGAAACGGACGUGCUGUUGAUGGCCCCAAUGACCCCACGAGCUGAAAUCUACACACACAGAUAUAGUGAGGCAGAAGGGGUUGCACCCCACAGACUGCAUGUCAGCAGGGGUUAAACUGGGCCGGGAGCACUAUUAAGGAAAAAAAAUUAAUACAUUUUAUAUAAAAUAAAAGAAAUCACAUUUUUAAAAUAAAUAAAAGUUGAUCCAUGUAUUUGAUUUAAAAAAAAUCAGCAUUCAGUAUGAACAGCAAAAUAAAAAUUAAUAAAUAUAAAUUAAUAAAUUAUAAUGGAACGCAUGCCUGUGAUAGCAAAGCUGAAUUUUCAGCAGCCUUCAGUGUCGCAUGUAAUCAUUCUGGUGGUUAAAUAACCAAUCUAAUUAUUUCAAUUAUAUUGAAUUUUUAUAUGGACCUGUGCUGCUGAUUUCCUCAAUGAAUAGAAAGUUCAAAACAACUGUGGUUAUUCAAAAUAGAAAUCUUUUGUAACAUUAUGAAUGUAUUUACUGUCACUUAAGAUCAAUUUAAUCCAUUCUUACUGCUUUAAAUGAUUGAUUUAUUGAUUUGAGAACUAAUACUGGUGAUUUGGUAACAAUAAGGUGCCAUUUGUUACUAACACAAACACAAACAAACAAUGAACAAUACAUUUAUUAUUGUAUUAAUCUUUGUCAGUGUUAGUUAAUAAAAAUACAAUCAUUCGUUGUUAUUUCAUGAUAGCUCGCAGUGCAUUAACUGAUGUUAGCAAGCACAAAUUCUAAUAUUUAAUAAAUCAUUAGUAAAUGCUGAAAUUAGUUUAAUAAAUGCUGUAUUGUGCAUUUUUAGUUAACUAAUCCAUGUUAUCUAAUGAGCCUAAUUGUAAAGGGUUAGCAUAAAUUUUAUCUGGAGUGUUUUUAUGGGGUUUUUUUUUUACAUAGUACGAAUUGCUCCCGAUCGCAUGAAAUCUAUUUGAAAUAUGUUUAUUAAAAGGCCAUCACAUCUCCCAGACUUCAUAGCCUUCAUAGCCUCUCUGAGGGCAGAGCGAAUCUGAAGUGGUUUCGAAGAACGGCUUGGUUACAUAAGCAGGCGUGAUGAGAUUAGACAUGUUAGUCCGGAGUCUUGUUAAAAUACAGAGGAGCGGAUGCGUGUCAUACUAGGGAAAAGCACAGCUGAUUGUCUGGCAGCGGAGAGUGAGAAUUUGAAGAGGGACACUGAAAUGAAAGACAAACGUGAUGAGCGCGAAGAGAUUGAUGAGGCCUUUUUGAGGACACUUCCAUCGGGUCAAAUUCAGGUGAUGAAUCAGACACCGACAUCACACGCAGACGGGAAAUGAAUUAUUAGCACCCACUGAGAGUUGCACUCCAACAGAGUCUCCCAAAACUCUGCCAUCAGUGAGGGCAGUCAGGGAGAAGGAAACGCGGGAGUGGGAGAGGAAGAAACGCUCUUUUAAGCGCUGUGGCUGAGGAGGGGAGGGGUGCUGUAAUAAAAUGUAGGAAUUUGCAGAACAUCAAAGAGUUUUUAUUCAGUAGUGAAAGGGAGCGAGGCGCAGGAAGA